UUCACCUCCCCCCCCCCCCCCCCUCUCCACCGCAAUGGCCUCCAUGCUUUCACGCUCACCUCCUUCAUUGUAUCUCCCCGUCUCCCGUCCCAAGCCCUUCUCUUCUCCUCCUUCCAUCAGAUGCUGCGAGGACAUGCUCGGUCGAUCCAGAUUGACCCAAGCCAACGGUUCCACAAACGGUAGCUUGGCCAAUUUCCCCGAGAAGACUUCCUCCAUCAAUCCAUCUGUUGUCUUGCCCCCUCGGCCUCGCCGCAUAAUUCUUGUCCGACAUGGGCAAAGCGAAGGGAAUGUGGACGAGACUGCUUACACUCGUGUUCCCGACCCCAAAAUCAGCCUGACAGAGAAGGGUCUCAAAGAUGCAGAGGAAUGUGGACAGAGGAUCAGAAAGAUAAUUGAAGGAGAUGGAGUGGACGAUUGGAAGGUCUACUUCUAUGUCUCCCCCUAUAAGAGGUCUCUUGACACGCUACGUAGUCUCGGCACAGCAUUCGAGCCCUCCAGAAUCGCCGGAGUCAGAGAAGAGCCUCGUCUCCGUGAGCAAGACUUUGGGAAUUUUCAGGACAGAGAGAAAAUGCGGCUUGAGAAGGCUUACAGGGUCCUCUACGGCCGUUUCUUUUAUCGUUUUCCCAAUGGUGAAUCUGCUGCAGAUGUUUAUGAUCGAAUAACAGGAUUUAGAGAGACCCUAAGGGCGGAUAUCGACAUUGGACGCUUUCAGCCACCUGGUCAAAGGAACCCCAACAUGAACUUGGUAAUUGUCUCACAUGGUCUCACAUUGAGAGUCUUUCUGAUGAGAUGGUACAAAUGGACUGUCGAGCAAUUCGAGGGCCUCACCAAUUUCUCAAACGGAGGCAUGAUUGUUAUGCAAACAGGAUCUGGGGGAAGGUACAGCUUGCUGGUCCAUCACAGCAGUGAAGAGCUAAGAGAGUUUGGUUUAACAGAUGCAAUGCUCAUUGAUCAGGAGUGGCAAAAGACAGCAAGACCAGGAGAAUUAAAUUAUGAUUGUUUAACAGCUGGACCAUCGUUUUUCACACACUUUAAUGUUGAAGAUAACAAACUGUAAGAGGUGGAUCCUGAGGUGGCUCCUAAUGCUACAUGUUGGAUUUGAUGAUCCUGAGUUCCGGACACAGCUCACAUA